AUGACAACCCUUUCGAGCCCUGUAGCAUCUCAGGCUGUACAAGAGGUCACCGACCAGGAUCUCUCUCAGAUAACAAGUACCCUUUAUAUCAGUAAUGGUGCGGCCGCCAAUAAUCAAGAAGUGCUGUCUAGCAAUCGCAUCACCUCCGUGAUCAAUGCUACUAAAGAAGUGGUGAACACUGUCUUUGAUAACAUUCGGUAUGUACAGAUACCUGUGGAAGACAGUCCCACGGCCUACCUCUACACGUUUUUUGAUCCCGUUGCCGAUCACAUCCACAACGUAGAAUUGAAAUUUGGCCGUACCCUGCUCCAUUGCGCUGCAGGAGUGAGCCGCUCGCCUUCACUCUGCAUGGCGUACCUUAUGAAAUACCAUUCCAUGUCCCUGCUGGACGCUCACACCUGGACCAAACUGUGCCGCCCUGUCAUCCGGCCCAACGACGGCUUUUGGGAACAACUUAUCUAUUAUGAAUUCAGGUUGUUUAAUAAGAACACUGUACGCAUAGUCAACUCCAGGAGGGGUUUGAUCCCUAGCGUCUAUGAAAGGGACUGCUAA